GAAGAGGAAGAAGAGGAGGAAGAGGGAGGAGGAGGAGGUGGAGGGGGGGUAGAAGAAGGUGGUGGGUGGUGGAGGUGGUGGUGGUGCGGAAGGACGAGGCUUGGGUUCCCUCGAUCGCGCGAUAGCCCAUCGUCGAAUAAUCUGAAAGAGGACGCUCGGUUAUGACGGCGAAAUCGGGAGGUUCUCGCACACUCGGUUACUCGGUUAGUCGCGAAUUUUAGUCGUGGAAGGACUACCGCGUCGAGAGCUACGUAUCACGAUCACGAUAGAUCAUGAGAAUUAUAUUUGUAUUCGUAUCAGUCGCGCGACUUAGGAUCGUCGUACCUACCCUUGGAAAUCUUUCGGAAAGCUUCGAAUUUAACGCAGAAGAUUUAGGAAAUUAAAGGAACAACGUUUAAAGUGGAACGUCCUUCAACGUGUGUGUGUAUAUAUAUGUGGACCGGUAGAAGAAUAAAGCUGAGCGUCAUGGCGCACAAAACUACUACGGGUUGCCUGCCACCGAUAGAAAUUUGGAUGGUCAGGACUUGUCUGCCGAUUGUACUCCUGCUUAUCGUCGUAUCUCAGGAGAGCCUCGGUGGACAACACGAGAAACGAUUAUUAAAUAACUUGUUGUUGAAUUACAACACUUUGGAACGGCCAGUAGCCAACGAGAGCGAACCAUUGGAAGUUAAAUUUGGGAUAACGUUGCAACAAAUUAUCGACGUGGAUGAAAAGAAUCAGAUACUAACGACGAACGCAUGGUUAAAACUGUCUUGGAACGACUAUAAUCUACAGUGGAAUCAAUCGGACUAUGGCGGAGUUAAAGAUGUCCAUAUAACGCCGAACAAGGUUUGGAGACCGGAUAUCCUCAUGUACAAUAGCGCGGAUGAGGGUUUCGACGGGACGUUUCAAACAAACGUGGUGGUCGCGCAUAACGGCAGUUGCCUGUACGUCCCACCGGGCAUCUUCAAGAGCACAUGCAAGAUAGACAUCACUUGGUUCCCCUUUGACGACCAACACUGUGACAUGAAGUUCGGAUCCUGGACCUACGACGGCAGCCAGCUCGAUCUGGUCCUCGAGUCAGAGAAGGGAGGUGACUUGUCCGAUUUCAUCAUGAACGGGGAAUGGUACCUCAUCGGUAUGCCUGGACGAAAAAAUACGAUAGUAUAUAAGUGCUGUCCGGAGCCGUACGUCGACGUGACCUUCACGAUACAGAUACGCAGGCGAACGCUAUACUAUUUUUUCAACCUGAUCGUGCCCUGCGUCCUGAUAUCGAGUAUGGCCCUAUUGGGUUUCACAUUGCCGCCCGAUUCCGGAGAGAAGCUCACCUUAGGAGUGACCAUUCUGCUGUCGCUGACAGUUUUCCUGAACCUCGUGGCAGAAAGCAUGCCGACGACCUCGGACGCUGUCCCUUUAAUAGGAGUGACCAUCUUGCUAUCGCUGACGGUGUUCCUGAAUCUCGUUGCCGAGACCCUACCCCAGGUCUCCGACGCUAUACCCCUGUUAGGGUCGUACUUCAAUUGCAUCAUGUUCAUGGUGGCGAGCAGCGUCGUCUUGACCGUUAUGGUGCUAAAUUAUCAUCACAGAACGCCCGACAGAUACGUCAUGCCUACUUGGAUCAAAAAGGUGUUCCUACAGUGGCUGCCAUUCAUACUAUGCAUGAGCCGUCCUGGCAAGAAGAUCACGAAGAAGAGUCUCCUUAUGGGCAAUCGGAUGAAAGAACUCGAAUUGCAGGAAAGGAGCAGUAAGAGCUUGCUAGCGAACGUCUUAGAUAUCGACGACGAUUUUCGUCAUGGAAACAGUGCUGCCAAUCCAGCUUCCGGUUACAUAAGCAGGUCGGCGUACGGCACGCCAUUAUCCGGACGGCCGGCGACGGUCGAAGAAACGUCGGCGUCUUUACCACUAGGUGGUAUGCAGAGAGAACUUCACACGAUUCUCAAAGAAUUACAGUUUAUCACGAGUCGUAUGAGAAAGGCCGACGAAAACGACGAAGUGAUUAACGAUUGGAAAUUUGCUGCCAUGGUGGUCGACAGGCUCUGCCUGAUCAUCUUCACGUUAUUCACGGUGCUGGCCACGGUCGUAAUACUGUCUAGUGCGCCACACAUAAUCGUCCACUAAUAGACUGCCCCGGUCGAGACACCGAAGAUAAUGCACAAAAACGUCGCUGAAAUAGCGCCUCCUCGAAUUUGAAGCAACGUUCGCGCGCGUGAUUUGCGGGACCGACACUCUACUACUACUACUACUACUACUACUACACUACAACUACUACUACUACUAACUACUACUAUUACUACUACUACUGCUACUACUACUACACUACUACUACUACUACUAUUACUA